AAGUUCACGGCUACAUUGUUUACCUAAACUUCUGUCCUUUUAUCUCGGAAGGAUGUUUGCUGUCCUUCAGUGCCGUAAAGCUCAAAAUUCGCCGUCAUGGUGUUAAUCUUUGUUUGCGGCACAAUUACGGAGUCAGAACCAAUCCGUCUGAGUAGAUAUUGAGUUUAAAGCUAGGUGUUUUUGAGAGCUAGCAUGAGCGCUAAGAACCCACGAGCCGUGUUUGUUUACAAUGAAUCAGCUGAUUAGGGUUCAUUGUUCCUCACGUGAGAUUUCACAACGAGCUGCUCGUGCACGGUGUUUAGAAUCUUUAUCACAGCUGUUUAGCUGAAUGUGAGGAAGAAGAAGAGGAGGAAGAAGAUGCCGUGCACUUGUGGAAACUGGAGGAGGUGGAUCAGACCUCUGGUGGUGCUUCUCUACAUCCUGCUCCUGCUGGUGGUUCUUCCUCUGUGCAUAUGGGAGCUGCAGAAAUCAGAGGUUGGCACCCACAACAAAGCCUGGUUCAUUGCAGGCAUCUUUGUCUUCAUGACAAUCCCCAUAUCACUUUGGGGGAUACUUCAGCAUCUCGUGCACUACACCCAGCCCGAGCUACAGAAACCUAUAAUCAGGAUAUUAUGGAUGGUUCCGAUAUAUAGCUUGGAUAGUUGGAUCGCCCUGAAGUACCCGAGCAUCGCCAUCUACGUGGACACGUGCAGAGAGUGCUAUGAAGCCUACGUCAUUUACAACUUCAUGAUCUUCCUAAUGAACUACCUGGAGAAGCAGUAUCCCAGCCUGGUGCAGAUGCUGGAGGUGCAGGACCAGCAGAAACACCUGCCGCCACUGUGCUGCUGCCCGCCCUGGCCCAUGGGAGAGGUGAUGUUGCUGAGAUGUAAGCUGGGUGUUCUGCAGUACACUGUAGUGAGACCCGUCACCACAGUCGUCGCAUUGAUCUGUCAGCUUUGUGGGGUUUACGAUGAAGGCAACUUCAGCUCCAAAAAUGCCUGGACCUAUUUAGUGAUCAUGAACAAUCUCUCCCAGCUCUUUGCCAUGUACUGCUUGGUGCUGUUCUACAAGACGUUAAGAGAAGAACUCAGCCCCAUCAAACCAGUGGGCAAAUUCCUGUGCGUCAAACUUGUCGUGUUCGUGUCCUUCUGGCAGGCGGUGCUCAUUGCAUUGCUCGUGAAGGUUGGAGUGAUUUCAGAUUCUCACACCUGGGACUGGGACAGCGUGGAGGCUGUGGCCACCGGACUGCAGGACUUUGUCAUCUGCGUGGAGAUGUUUCUGGCAGCCAUUGCUCAUCACUUUAGCUUCACCUACAAGCCGUACAUUCAGGAAGCAGAGGAAGGCUCGUGCUUCGACUCUUUCCUGGCCAUGUGGGACAUGUCAGACAUCAGGGCCGACUUCUCUGAGCAAGUGCGCAACGUCGGACGGACGGUUAUGGGCCGUCCCAGGAAGAACUACUUCAGCGGUGACGCGGAGCAUGAUGAACACAGAGGGCUGUUGUCCUCCAGCUCUCAGGACGCCGCUGUCACAGAGGCUUCCUCCACUCCUCCGUCUCCAUCAGGACUCUAUCAGGGUCUGGGACACACUCGUCCCCCUCACUCACGCUCAGCCCCUGCUGAACUCUGCUCCACACCCUGGGUGGGAGACGUAGACGACGUAGACGACAUCACACCCACCGUGCUGUCCGGGGAUCCCCAAACCCAGGCGCACACACACUACGCUACGAUCACUUAACACACUGUUCAUGUUCAUCCCAGUUAAUCAUUCACUGGGAACAGCAGGUUUAAAGGGCACACAGGCGGGAGGGGUUCGUCUGUCUGUUUCACCACCAGGUUUUAAUUCAUUUUAAUAAGAAUCCAAUACAUUUUUUUUUUUGAAGAAGCACAUCAUUAAAAAACUUUUUUUUUUUUAUAAAUUGCAAAACAUUUGAUUGACAGCUGGCCCUUCUGCGGAAACGCAUGCGUAACAUGUUCCACAGUCACACUGUGUCCUUGUGUCGUUAUUGUUAAAAUCGCAGUUAAUCAGUUAACUGAAAUGUCCACACACACAAACACACACACAGAGUGCCAAAGUGCUCAAAACCUGUGGAAAAAGCUGAAGUGUGCUAAUGACAUUUAUGACGAAGGGCACAAUAUACCCCAAAUGCAUGAAGCUUUUUUCCUCACUCAGCCUCUAAGCAAAAAAUAGUUGCCUCAUUUCCUGUCAUGCUCUAUUUUUAAAUUCUAAUUCCUUAGAAGGAUAUACUGUUUCUAUUCUUUUAUGUUUUUGGUUAAUUUAUUUAAUGUUUCAUUUUAAAUCACCCCUGAACCGUUUGUACAGGUCCAAAGUGAAAAGGAAUUUAAUGUUUUUUUUUUGUUUGUUUUUUGUGUCUUUGCUACAAGGCUAAUGUUGCUAACAACUAAGCAGAGGUGCCAAUAUUUACAGUUUAGAUGUAGCAUUUACAGAUUAUGUCUCUGUAUUAGAGCAGUACAUUCAAGGUUAAAGGACGUAUAGAGGUCUUUCUCUGCUCGCUAGAAUUGGCACCUCUGUGAGAGAAAGGAGCGUAUAGCCUCCAGAUUAGCACUCGAAUCAAACUAUGACGAGAUUUGGUAGGAAAAUGAUUAAAAGGAUGUUACUGGAUCUAAAGAUUUUCAGUUUUAUCUUGAAAAUUAAUCACUUCCUGUCUCAGGACAUUGUUUGCUAUGACGUUAAGCACCAACCUCAGGUUAUGGGGUGUGGCCUACAGUUAAAGGCGGAGUUAAAGCGUCAGAUUAUUUGGAGGCUAAGAACACAUGCAGAUUUGAUUCAUCAUUUUAAUUAUAUAUAUAUAUAUAUAUAUAUAUAUAUAUAUAAAAACACUAAA